GUUUGUGUGUAUACAUCCACAGCACAAUGCGUGUGUCCGUACGGAUGGAAGGACUACACGGGAGGGGUGUCGUGUUACCUGAUCACAGACUAUCAAGUCAGAUACAGCUUUGACAGAGCCGUUGACCAGUGCACGGCUCACCAGGGCCAGCUUAUCUCUAUAGAUGACCAAAAUGAAAUGACUUGGCUGAGUAAAGAAAUUCAGCAAAUUAGCACAGCCGGCCUGCCACCCAAGAUGGCUUGGUGGAUAGGAAUAGAGGACAAAGGUCAGGGUCAAGGAGUGAAAUACCUGAACGGCUCAGAGGUCAGCGUGGAUCUCUUACCCUGGUCAGGAGGAGUUUCUCAGCCUCCUGCCACAAGCAGACGCUGCGGAUCAUUUAUGAAUAGCACGAUGUAUUUGUCCGACUGCAGCAGUUGGUUCGGUUUUGUUUGUGAGCGAUCAAAAGCUCUUCCACUCCUGUGUGAUGUAGAAGAUGCCUGGGUGUUCAUUAACGGUUCCUGCUUCAAAUAUUUCCCCACUCAGAUGACCUGGUACCUGGCCAAGUCAACAUGCGAACAGUUUGAAGCUGAUCUGCCGAAAGUGAUUACUGCAGAGGAAGUGGCUUUUAUAUGGGACAAGACGAAGAUGUCUUCCACAUUGUCAUGGAUUGGACUAAAGUCGGAUAUCACGUCAAGGAGUUACACAUGGACAGAUGGAUCACUUCUGGAUCCCUCCCUGACCUGGUGGAAUACGAACCAGCCCCAAGACUUAACGUACAUAAUGUACAGUGACCCUGACAUCUGUGGCUUGAUCAGCGGCAAUGGGACUCGGAGGUUAUCCUCCUGGAUGACUGACGACUGUAACGAGAGGCACUCAUUUACAUGUAGCAAGCCCCAAGGUUAUUGUGCAGACGGAUGGAUUUUUCACCAAGGAAUGUGCAUCAAGUUCUUUCCCAAAUAUUUCCUGUCUUGGGUCUCUGCUAGGGAUUACUGCCAGUCUAUGGGAGCUGAUUUAAUUAUCAUACCAACGCAGUCGUUCCAGGACUUGGUCAACGUGUACCUGAAGGAACUCAGCGAUGCCGGGGUGGAAAGCUUCUGGCUGGGCAUUGAAGACUCAGCCAACCAGACAUUCUCUUGGGUGGACCACAGGUACAACAUGAGCUGGACAAACUGGGCUGGUGGCCCUCCAAUGAACAAGCCUGGAUCACGUGAGGUGGCCUUCAUUAGCACAGGAGAUAAAAAUGGCAAGUGGCAGUUGACCUCUGACCUCAGCGCUAGGAAAGCCUUUGCUUGCUACAUCUCCAGCACAAAAACUGUUAAGGAUGUCUCACUACCACUGGAUAUCGAGUGUCCUGACCAAUGGGAAGUGGCCGGAGACACGUGUGUGAUGAUCUCUUACAAUGCUGCCUCUUGGUCACUGGCAAAUAAUUACUGCCAGCAACUGCAGUCACAACUCAUGGUGAUUAAUUCAGCUGCAGCACAAAGUUUCCUGAAUCAUCGAAUAGCCACAGGUCAGUUUUGGAUUGGACUAAGUGACCGACCAGCAGAGGGGACGUUUACCUGGGUCAAUGGCACCAAGCUUGACCUAGCCAAUUGGGCAACUGGACAACCAGACAACAGAGGGAAUGAAAAUUGUGUCACCCUGAGAGCUUCCUGGGAGGGGGCCAAAUGGUUUGAUCUAGCCUGCCAGGAGGAGAAUAAUUACAUUUGUCAGAGACAGCCAUUAAACAAGUCAGCAUCUGCAUAUCCAGAGACUACAGCAUCAACAGUUCCUUACAGUGCCAGAUGUGGAGUGUUUUGGGAGGACAGACCAGGAACUAACUUCUGCUACCAGUUCAGGGACACAGCACUGUCCUGGGCCGAUGCUCUAGAGACUUGCAACAGCUUCAAUGGAAGCUUGGCCAGCAUUGCUUCACGAGAUGAGCAGAGCUAUCUUGAGGGGAGGCUAAACUCUCUGACGUCUGUCAACUUUUGGAUUGGAGCUUCAGAUCGCAGGAGAGAGGCAGGUUGGCAGUGGGAAGAUGGUACACCUUUCGCCUAUCUCAACUGGUUUCCAGGUGAGCCCAAUGAUCAGGUGACUGAGGACUGUGUGGCCUUGAAUACCAAGACAACCAUGUGGUAUGACUAUCCCUGCAAUCAAAGGCUUGGCUUUGUCUGCAAGAAAGUUGCAGACCCCAACCAGGUGACUCCCUUACCAACUGUGGCUGUCCCCAAUGUACUGCGAGUUGGUCAGUAUUACGGUUGCCCGAUAGGCUGGUUAGCUUAUGACAGCAGCUGUUAUCUGAUGAGGACGGUGCCCACUACAUGGAUGGAUGCUCACGUCGCAUGUAGACAAGAGGGGGCAGCACUUGCCAGCGUCGGCUCAGAUCUGGAGAAUAAGUUUAUCUGGAGUCAGUUGCCUAAAGAGGCCUGCCGGAAUGCUCACUCAAAUGACAGCCAAUGUCAGGCCUGGGCCGAUACCAAUGAAUGUCAGAAAAAUCCAUCGUGGAUGUCGGUGAACUGUCGGAUGGCAUGUUCCUUGUGCACUCAGACCUGCUCGGACAAACACACUCAUUACGAAUGCAGAUUCUGGGCAAGCAUAGGAGAAUGUCGGCAGAAUCCUGAUUGGAUGUGGGAAAACUGUGCUCUGUCAUGUGGUUGUGAUGCAUCAAUCAAUGAAGGAUUCUGGCUUGGACUUAACGAUCGACAGUCACAGAUGACCUUUGUUUGGGAUGACCUUUCACCUGUAACCUUUACAAACUGGCUUCCAAAUGAACCCAAUAAUUAUCUUGGGAGACACGAGGAUUGUGUUAAAAUACACACGAAUGAUGGGCAGUGGAGUGAUGAAAAAUGUGAGCAGAAAAAUACCGGUUAUAUUUGUGAGAAAAAGAUGGCGGUUUUGGACACACCAACCAUCUCCCCGGAUAAAAUUGGAUGCCCUAUAGCUGGGUUUGCAUAUGGGUCCACAUGUUUUGUUAUUAUAGACUCCCCAAAAACCUGGCUGGAUGCCAAGAACUACUGCAGCAUGAAGAAUGCCACGUUGGCUACAAUCACUGAUAGCGUUACAGGAGCUUUCAUCACAUCUGAACUGCUACACAAGACAGCAUCUUACUGGAUCGGACUCUUCAGUGUCGCUGGGAUGUAUCGCUGGGAUAGUGGCCAUGAAAUAGAGUACCUGGCCUGGUCUCCCUCCCACACAG